UGAAUGGCCUCAUUCCAGGCGCAGGCGCUGAUCUUGGCGAGACAGGCUAGGUCCGAAGGAAAUGGGGAUCACUGCGAUUCUUUCUGGUGGGUGUCAGGGUGAGAUACCCCCACUGCUGCUGCGUAACAGAAUUCUACGCAAUUGGUGAGGGCUUGCCUGCUCACUGUUCCUUCGCGCUUCCAUGAAGAUACAUAGAUCGAGAAUCCGUUGAUCAGAAAAGAGCUUGCUGCCUGGACUGGUUCUCUCUCCGACCAGAUGCUCACCGAGCGCGGCGAGUUCGUUCACCGCUUUUCGCAAUUGAUGAUGAAAAUCACUUUUGUGUGCGACCGGCUCGUUCGAGGCAUGUUCGUCUCGGAUGACAGCUACUCCCAGGCCCCGAGUUAUGAAGAACGGGGGUAUCUGGUCGUCAGACAAGAUGGGUCGAAGAUGGUUGCGUAUCGGAAGGAUCUAGCACUGCGAUCGGAUUGAUCAGAGCACGCUGCGACGCCCUUUCGACGCUAACUUGCAUGUGUCCGUUCUAUAUGCGCUAGAACGGUCGUCUUUGACGACCCGUGGACGAAGAGGAGCUGGAGAGGCGCAGCGGGCGAAGAGGAGUAGUCUGGGUGGGAACUCGGGAAUUGGGAGGCUUCGA